AACAGUUUGGAGUGAGAUGGAGGUCUUAACAUCAUUUGGAGUUUGUAUGAGCUGUUGGAAGAAAGAAAUAAAAUUAUUUGUCCCAUCUGAAACGUUGGAGUUUUAGCAUAUAAACUUAUACCACCGUAUAGUUUAUCAUCCUCUAGGCGUUGGCACCACUGUGUACGUUUUGGUUCAACAAACAGCCAGAUUCUAUCGACAAAGAUUCCAUCUUUGUAGUGUAGUAACCAUGUCAUUCUCUUCACUCUUAUUUCGUCUACGUGCUUCUUCAAGACUCAUUUACAGUGAUUUCAAAAGUUCGUUUUACCAAAAAAGGGUCCAUUCAAGAAUCCUUGGGGAGGGCACAAUCAGUUCAGAGAAGGUCUGCUCAGCCUCUUUAGUUCCCCUGGCCCUCGCAAUCUAUGCCGGUUCACUCGCUCUCCAUGCCCAAACCAGCUCAGCAUUUAGUCUCUGCGAUGCUCCUUAUAUCAAUCCUAGUGAGAAAGCUGGUGGCAAAUGCACUACGGACUAUGCGGUGAAAGGUUCUCACAAAGAAGUUCCACAUGAGCUUGUUGAUGAAUUGCAAGAAAUUUUUCAGGAUAAUAUGACAAUGGACUACGAUGAGAGAUAUAAUCAUGGGAAGCCACCAAAUAGUUUUCACUCGGCGGUAAAUAUCCCUGAUAUUGUUGUUUUCCCAAGGUGUGAGGAUGAGGUAUCUAAGACAGUGAAAGCUUGUAACAAGUAUAAGGUACCGAUUGUACCCUAUGGUGGAUCCACAUCUAUUGAGGGUCACACCUUAUCUCCUAAUGGGGGCGUUUGCAUUGACAUGGCAUUCAUGAAACACAUAACAGCAUUACACAUGGAGGAUAUGGAUGUCGUGGUUGAACCUGGGAUUGGAUGGAUGGAGCUUAAUGAAUACUUAGAACCCCAUGGUCUCUUCUUUCCACUUGAUCCUGGACCUGGAGCAACAAUUGGGGGUAUGUGUGCUACACGUUGCUCUGGCUCUUUGGCAGUGAGGUAUGGCACGAUGCGUGAUAAUGUCAUCAACCUUAAGGUUGUUCUAGCAAAUGGAGAUGUGGUCAAGACAGCAUCUCGGGCAAGAAAAAGUUCUGCAGGUUAUGAUUUGACACGCCUGAUCAUUGGAAGUGAAGGAACCCUAGGAGUUAUCACUGAAGUUACUUUGCGCUUGCAGAAGAUUCCUGAGUCAUCUGUGGUUGCAAUGUGCAACUUCCCUACAAUAAAAGAUGCAGCAGAUGUUGCUAUCGCCACGAUGUUCUCUGGAAUACAGGUGUCAAGAGUGGAACUGAUGGAUGAAGUUCAAGUGCGAGCAAUUAAUGUUGCGAACGGGAAAAAAUUGCCAGAAAGUCCAACUCUAAUGUUUGAAUUUAUAGGCACAGAAGCAUAUGCACGCGAACAAGCCAAAAUUGUUCAGAAGAUAGCUGCUGAGCAUAAGGGCACCGAUUUUGUCUUUGCAGAAGCUCCCGAAGAGAAAAAGGAACUUUGGAAGAUAAGGAAGGAGGCACUAUGGGCUUGCUUUGCCAUGGAGCCUGAGUUCACAGCAAUGAUAACGGAUGUUUGUGUUCCUCUAUCACAUCUUGCGGAGUUAAUUUCCCGAUCUAAACAAGAGUUGGAUGCCUCACCAUUAGUAUGCACGGUUUUAGCUCAUGCUGGUGAUGGUAACUUUCACACAGUUAUACUAUUUGAUGCCGCUAGAGAGGAUCACCUAAGAGAGGCUGAAAGGUUAAACGAGUUCAUGGUUCAUAUUGCUCUAUCCAUGGAAGGUACUUGCACAGGAGAACAUGGUGUUGGCACUGGGAAGAUGAAGUACCUGGAGAAAGAAGUUGGAAUAGAGAAUUUGCAAACGAUGAAGAGAAUUAAAGAUGCUCUGGAUCCCAACAAUAUCAUGAAUCCAGGAAAGCUCAUCCCUCCCCAUGUUUGCUUCUGAAAGAACCUUUCUGGCUCUCUGUACUGUUCCAUUUUAACCGAGCUUUGCACUUUCAGUUGUACGUGUACAAACGAUCCCCUCUUUUCAUUUAUUAAGGUGUUCAAUGUAAUAAUACAUUAAUACCUAACAUUUUACUCAAGACCGUGAUUUUAUUCUGAAUAAUUUCGUGUUAUUUCAGCAAUAUUUUUUGAGUGAACUUAAAAAUAAGCUGCAUGAACUUUUUAG